AUGACUGAGCCUGAGGCUCCUCCCCAGGCAAAACCUGAGACUCCACCAACCUCUAAGCCUAAACGUGUAAGAACAGGUUGUCUUACGUGCCGUGAGCGCCAUCUCAAGUGUGACGAAGGACUACCCAAUUGCCAGAAUUGUAAGAAGUCCAAUCGAAAAUGCAAGCGAGGGGUCCGACUCAACUUCAUUGACAUUCAGUGCGAGCGGCCACCACAUCUACUGCCGCCGACCCACGAUUGGGAGGUUACCUUCCAAGAUGACUCGCGCGAUAUUGCUUCGGAAUAUCAAGGUGGGCUCGAGAAAUACCAACCUCUUGAGCCCGAACCCAAGCGACAGAAACUGAGUGCUGCGCCUAAUAUCAACUAUGAUUAUGGUCAGGUCACAGCUCCGAUCAUCUCUCAUCAACAGCUCCCCACAUCACAGUCGUUCUCACAUCCAUACGUCGAGCAACCUCAGCCAACGUAUGCUGCUUCUUCUUCUGCUCAACCGUAUGAGACGGCUGCAAGUCAAAUGGGUUCAUAUUCCGAACCUCAGCAACCUGUACAACGCUCAUAUGAGCCGACAAUGAUGCUAGGUUCUGGGACAACACCUGUGCCACCCCUAGAGAACCGUGAUGAAGUCCUGUACAUGCAGGUUUUUGUCGAAGAGGUCGGCGUGUGGAUGGAUUCGAUGGAUGCUGAGAAGCACUUCUCCCGCCUUAUCCCCUUCCAGGCCUUGAGGGAGCCCAUGCUCAAGUACGCGCUCCUGGCAUGUGGAGUGCGACACCUCACCCUGGUCAACGCUUCCUACCCUGAAGAACACGCCUUGAACUACUACAACAACGCAACGCAACUGCUCCUGAAGUCUCUCCAGAACCCUGACAGGAACAGUGUUCUUUGCGCCACCACAGCUACCAUUCUCAACGUCUACGAGGUCAUGUCUGAGAAGGCUUUGCAGCGGAUGAACCACAUUGCCGGUGCACGAGCACUUAUCAAGGAAUGUCGUUGGGAUGCCCAAGCUACUGGCAUAGGGUCUGCCUGCUUCUGGCUCAAUGUCGGACUCGAGUUGUUCAGUUGCCUCCAUUUCAACUGGGGCGUUGCUUGGGACCCCGAUACAUGGGGCAUCGACAUGAACAUGUCACCUCAGCAUGAGGGAGGCAAUGAAGACGACUGGACCCACAGAAUGUUGUGGAUCUUAUCUAAGAUCACCAACUUUCGUUCUACAGCACAGCAAAGAUAUCAGGAUGCCUCGGUUCACGCAGAACAGGCACGUUUGCACCAGCGCCAUCAACAGUGGUUAGGUCUAAAACAGUUCUGUGACCGCUGGAACAAUUGUGUCCCGCCAACAAUGCAUGCAAUGGCCUACAUCUCUCCAUAUAUGACGAAUUCGAAGAGCGCCUUUCCCGAGUUGUGGUUCAUUAAGAGAACGACAAUUGUGGCGAGACUGUUCUAUCAUACUGCCAUGGCGCUUCUCGGAUCUCUCCACCCCUACGAGCACAUGCAACCGCAGACGGCGGAGCAAAUGCAAGAUAUGCGUCUCUACCAUUCAAGGCAAACCUGCGGCAUUGUGGCACAUGUUAAGGAUCGAGGUGUUGCUUCUGCCUCGAUCCGUUGUCUUGCUGUGGCUGGGGAGCACCUUACUGUUCAGCGGGAGCAAGAAGAGGUCUUACAGAUCUUUGACAGGAUCAAAAAGGAAACGGGUUGGAGAGUGACCUUCAUUCACGACGAUCUUAAGGAGAAAUGGGGUUGGAACAAUAACCCUCCGGAAUACAGUAGCAUGGGCUCUGCACCUUCAUACUAUGCUGGACCAAGUACUAAUCCUGCCUCCACACCAGCGUCGACGCCUCCCCGACCCAAGUAUCCGACCGGCAUCAUUAAUCCUCUUUACAAGAAUGCCGACUUCUCUGCCCAGAAUCCACCCUACCAGGGUAGCUAUGUCCCGCCAAGUUCAGGGCAUAUCUUGCAUAAUACGCAAAUGUAUGGCUAUUCUGGCAUACCUACCAUGAUGCAGUCUUGA